UGAGGCCGCAGUAGUAUAUUUUUUUCAACUAAAAAAAAGGCACUGCGUAUGGAUUUGGUUUAGGGUUUAGGGUAAAUCCGUGGCUGGUUUCUGGAACUUUUGCAUCCGAAUCUCCAUUUGUUUUGGCAGAAGCACAGGUUCUCCGCGUCAGCCAUGGCCGAUGACUUCGACUUCGCGGAUAAAGUUCCUCCUUCAUUCGAUCGCGUGGGAAAUGUGAUCAAGGAUUCUGGAUCCAAAGGGUUCAAUCCAGGAUUAAUUGUCCUCCUGGUUGUUGGUGGAUUGUUGUUGACAUUCCUCAUUGGAAAUUAUGUGCUCUACAGUUAUGCACAGAAGACCCUCCCUCCUAGAAAAAAGAAGCCUGUUUCAAAGAAGAAGAUGAAAAAGGAGAGACUGAAGCAAGGUGUCUCUGCACCUGGAGAGUAGACUUUGUACUCAGUUUUUGUUCUAUGUUUAAAUUGUACUAUUUAGAUUAACUUUCUUGUUCUGUAGUGGUGUGUGCAUUACGUUGAUUUUCAUCGGUUUAUACUGUGUAUUACUGAUAGAAAGCUUAGCCACAUAAAUUAGUGCUUUGGUAAUAUAUGGGACGGGCUAUUUAAUGGUUAAAUCAUUAUUUUGCUUCCCCA